AUGGGCCAGCAGUCGCUGAUCUACAGCUUCGUGGCCAGAGGAACGCUGAUUCUGGCCGAAUACACAGAAUUCACUGGUAACUUCACCAGCAUCGCUUCUCAGUGCCUCCAGAAGCUCCCUUCCACCAACAACAAGUUCACCUAUAACUGCGAUGGCCACACCUUCAAUUAUCUCGUCGAGGACGGAUUCACUUACUGUGUAGUUGCUGUUGAAUCUGCUGGAAGACAAGUUCCUAUGGCAUUUCUUGAGCGAAUUAAGGAAGACUUUACCAAGAGAUAUGGUGGCGGAAAAGCUGCAACAGCUACUGCCAGUAGCCUGAAUAGGGAGUUUGGACCCAAACUUAAGGAUCAGAUGCAAUACUGUGUGGACCAUCCGGAAGAGAUCAGCAAGCUUGCACAAGUGAAGGCUCAGGUUCUUGACCGAGGAGAGAAGAUUGAGCUUCUGGUGGAUAAAACAGAGAACCUUCACUCUCAGGCACAAGAUUUCAGGACUCAGGGUACUAAAAUGAGGAGGAAAAUGUGGUUACAGAAUAUGAAGAUAAAGCUUAUAGUUCUUGGCAUUAUCAUUGCAUUAAUUCUGAUCAUAGUUCUAUCUAUUACCAAAGGCUUCAAAUCUAACUAG